GACGAAGAUAUUGAUCCAGUCGAGUUGUGGUCAGUAUAGCAAAAUAAUUAGUCAAAAUGAACGCAGUGAUUUUUCUGGUAUCUCUAGUGGUAGGUGUUUGUUCUGCCCAAUAUCGACCUUAUUAUGACGGAGCUAAUAUUAAAAUACUCAGUCAAACGCAGGAAGGUCCAAACACAGAUGGUUCGUAUAGAUGGAGUUAUCUAACCGAAAAUGGCAUCAACGCAGAAGAAGAAGGACGAUUGAAAAACGUCGGUUCGGUAAAUGAGGCGAUGGAUGUUAGAGGGGGUUUCAGUUACGUUGCUCCUGAUAAUACGCCGAUUUCUUUAACAUACACUGCUGAUGAAAACGGGUUCAGAGCUUCAGGACCACAUUUACCGACCCCACCGCCAAUACCUCCAGCGAUUCUGAGAGCUUUGGAGUGGAUUCGGACGCAUCCUGAUCCUAGAUAUCAACCCAGACCAGAAGAUAGAUACUGAAUUAUGCAGAAUUAGAUAAAAUUGCACGCUUAUCCAAAUAUUGUAUUGUUUUUAUCGAGAUCACAUGCUCUAGAAAGAUUAAUUUGCACUCAGAUUUUUAGUCUACCUAACAAUUUGUAUGUUAAUAAGUUUAAAAUAUUCAGCACAAUUGUUUAUAAUGCUGUUGAAUUUGUUAAUACUUUUUAUAGUUGUGUAUGUUUUAUAAUAAUUAUGUAUGUACUUAUAAAUAAAUGCAUGUUAUUUUCAGCAA